UCGCUACCAAUCCGCCCCCGACUUUGUCCUGUGAACUUCGAGUAAGAAGCUCGAGCAUCACUAUUGUAAUCAUCCUCAUCAACCUCAUUCUCAUCCUCACCAUCCUCAUCCUCACACUAAUGCAGCAGCGUGGAAACUAAAGCCAGAGAGGACACUUUUUUUAAAAUACAGGAUAAAGGCAAUGGAGGAGCAGAAAGUCAAUGUAGAUCAUUCUGUGUGCAAAUCUUGCAGAAGAGCCGAGAGACACACAACAAUGAUGACAUCUUCCUGUAGACUUAUGCUUUUCACAGUGGCAUUGUCACUGUAUUCGUCUCAAGUCUCAGCAGAGACGCUCUGCGGUGGGGAGCUAGUGGACACUCUGCAGUUCGUGUGCGGAGACAGAGGAUUUUACUUCAGCCGUCCAUACAGAUCAAACGGCCGCCGUCCUCACAGAGGAAUAGUGGAGGAAUGCUGUUUUCGGAGCUGUGAUUUGCAUCUUCUUGAACAGUAUUGUGCAAAACCUGCAAAGUCUGAGAGAGACAUCACUGCCGCAACACUGCAGGCCGUUCCAGUGUUACAAACUCUUCACAAGGAUAGCUCAAGGAAGCCUCUUAAUGUCCAGUUUUCCAGAUAUGAGCAGUGGCAACGGAUAGCUGCUCAAAGGCUGAGGAGAGGAAUCCCUCCCAUCCUCCGCUCCAGAAAGUUCAAAAGGCUUGCCAAGAAAAUCCAAGACCAGGAACAGCAAGAAUUUCAUCGGCCCCUGAUGACUGUGUCCAACAGAAGCCCUCAAUUCCCCCAUGCCUAGAGCCUCGUUGACCAUAAGUGAAGCAAAAACUGCAGAGAUUUAAAGGGAUUAUAAGCCUCGACCUUGAUCAAGCGAGGCUUCCUUAAUGAACCCGAGCAUCAUUUAGAAAUACAGAUACGAACACUCUGUGUUAUCUCCUGCCUUACCCAGCCGAAGAGACUUUAGUGAUAGAGCUGAAUGUAAGAGUGAUGUAUCAGGCGACAGAAAAGAUUAAAGUCUCUGAUUCACAGGGUG